UCCAGCAUUCAUUGCCAUUACGUACUCCCUGACGUUUGCUAUCUCGUGUCUCUCUGUGUUUGUUGUUGUUGCACGAGAAUUGUGAGAAUAAUUCAUCCAGAAACGAAUCCCAUGAAGUUACUACAAGUCACGUGAAUUUUUAUUCAUUCAUAGUGUCCUGUUGAUUGUUUGUCAGCAGUUGGAAACCCCUAGAAAGUCGAAAUUUUGGAUAAAAUAGAUCGGAGCAAAUGUUCGAUCAGUCGUACUAGAGCUACAUCAUAUCAACAGUCAGUCUUUUGUGAAUCUCGUCAUUGUUCAGUGAUUUUUUUUUUGUUAAUCACGAAGUGAAAUGAGUGACGAUGACAGGGACAUUGAUAUCGAGAGUGAUGAAGGCGAUGACUCCGAUUCCAGACAGAGGCAAUCGAACAAUCCUCAGUACUAUUCACAGGUAGCUGAAAAGAGGGCGCACCAUAACGCGUUAGAACGCAAGCGAAGAGAUCACAUCAAAGACAGUUUUUCGAGUUUACGUGAUACUGUACCAUCACUUCAGGGCGAAAAAGUUGCGAGUAGAGCGCAAAUACUGAAAAAAGCUGCUGAGUAUAUUCAGCAGAUGAGACGCAAAAAUUCCUCACACCAGCAGGACAUUGAGGACCUCAAGAGACAGAAUAAUUUGUUAGAAUCGCAGAUUCGAACCCUCGAGAAAGCAAAAAUAACGGGAAACUUUGCUGCCGAAACAUGUGAGGUUGUGAAAGCAGAAGCAGUUGGAAUCGGUAACUACAAUGAUUCUGAAUCAGAAUCAUCGGACAGUGAAUCAGGCAGAGCAAUUCGUCAUCCGAAAAAACUCAAAAUAGCAAGUAUACAUCAUUAAGAAUGAAAAAUCGUUAACAUCCCAUGUUUUUUUAAUGAAACAAAUGUGAGAACAUGCAAUGAAUAAUGUGAAUUUGAGAGUAAUUAUAAUAUCGCGAUCUAUCGUUAUUUUCAUAACUUGUUUCUGUAAAGAAAAUUUUUGCAAAUCAUAAUCCAAAAACCAUGUAAUGUAGAUAUAAUUUAAGUGGACAAAUUAAAUGAAAGCAAUAUUUGA